UAACUAUAAUUUUCAGUGUAAAAGAUCUGUUAUCAACAAGUUACAUGUCGUGUUAUAAUUUAAGCAAUCAGAUAUAACACGCGACAGUUGGUAUAAAUUGUAGGGUACCAAAUCUCUUCAUUCAAUGCAUCAACGCCAAUAUGAUUGUCUAUAGAUUAUUCGUAAUUUUUAGUUUAUUCUACGCGGUUUUGACUGAGGAUACAGAGGAAAUCAUCGAAGAAUAUGUAUUGAACUUCGACUCUGGUCUAUACGUGUGUGGUGAUGAGCAAAGUGAGGCGUACUUCGACAGUUCGCAGGUUGAAGUGAGUCGAUAUAAUGAGACUACCACUGCCAUGUCUGGUGCGGCUAAAUUGCUUAAAGGGAUGGAGCAAAAUACGCUUGUGGAAGCAUAUGUGGAAAAAGAUGUAUCAGGUCGAUAUGAACUGGUGAUGUCUCAUGAGAUUUGCAAUAUAUGUGAUGAAUUGGGCAAAGAAGAGAGCAAUUAUUACUCUUAUAUUAAAGACAUCGAAUUGCCUGACUCUUGUCCUUUUCCACCCGCUGAGUACAACAUCAAGGAUUUGGUUAUCGAUACAAAAUACCUUCCUUUGAACAAAGCGAAUGAAGGACGCUACCAGAUGACUCUUAACUUUUACGACAGUCCCAGCGGGGAUUGCACUGGUCUGAAAAAAUUUAUCGCUUGUCUUAAAGUCGAUAUGGUUAUUGAACCUAAAUAAA